UUCAAGGAGACUCCAUUUGCCAUGUCUGAUAACGCAGAUUCGUCAGAAACCUUCUGGCAAAUAUACCUUUAAAAUUAAAAAUGUUUCAGGAAAAUAAAGCAGAUCACAUUAUUAAUUGACAAAGAUAAAUGACCACCGGCCCUGUUUAUAUUUAUUUAAGGGUACUAUGGACUCCCAGACUGCAGACGCUGUUUCAAUAUUCAUGUGCAAAGCGUGUAACUUGUUCUCGCCCAGUCGAACAGAGCUGCUCACACAUGUCUCAGAACAGCACACGGUUGAGAGUCUCUGUCCUGAUGACAUCAUCGUCGCCCUUAGACCUCUGUCUACAACUGGCCAGUCAGAGAAGAGCGGAGCAGAAUGUGUCCUCAAAAGGAAGAGGGGGAGACCCAAGGGUUCCACCAAGAAGUAUUGCGUGGAGGAAGAGCUUGUGGAUGCCAGUGCCAGUCAGAGAGAAGAAGCCAAGCCUGAAAAGGAGCAGGAGAAGAAGGGGCCCGAAUCUGGAGACCCGAGUGGUGUGCUGGAGUGCAGGAAGUGCAGUCGGAGAUUCUGUAACACGAGGCAACUCAAGAAGCACAUCUGCAUCAUGGGAUUGAAAGAAGAAGUGGAAGAAGAGGAUGAGAAUGACCCCGGAAUUAAGUCUGCUUCAGAUGGAAAGUAUGAGGACAGGGGGAGGCCUCCAAAGAGGUCUCGGAUUCAGAGCACGGAGAAGGCAUCUGUGAGCAAGGACUGUGAGCAGCCAAGCGGGGCAAAGAAGCCUAUAAUUAGCAUGGUUCUCACUGCACACGAGGCUGUUCCAGGAGCCACAAAGAUUAUUCCGAUUGAGGCUCCCCAUGCAGAGUCUGCUACAGCUAUGGACCCUGAGUCUAGUGGCCAAGAUGAAGGAUUAAAGAGGGGCUACCAGGAGUAUGCGAUACAGCAGAUGUCAUCUGAGCUUCCAAUGAAAUCAAACAGGCUGGCACAAACUCAACUGAAGAUCUUCACGUGUGAGUACUGCAACAAGGUGUUCAAGUUUAAGCAUUCCCUGCAGGCGCACUUGAGGAUUCACACCAACGAGAAGCCUUUCAAGUGCCCACACUGUGAUUACGCCAGUACAAUCAAGGCCAACCUGAGCGUCCACCUGCGCAAACACACGGGGGAGAAGUUCAGCUGCCAGCACUGCGACUUCAGCUGCCUCAGCAAAGGCCACCUGAAAGUGCACGUGGAGAGGGUGCACAAGAAGAUCAAGCAGCACUGCCGCUUCUGCAACAAGAAGUACUCUGACGUCAAGAACCUGCUGAAACAUGUCCGGGAGAGCCACGACAUGGAGGACAGGAAGGUAAAAGACUGUUACGAGGAGAUCAGUCUCCAGACCAGGGAGGGCAAGAGGCAGCUUCUCUACGACUGCCACACCUGUGACCGUAAAUUCAAGAACCAACUGGACAGGGACCGCCACAUGAUGGUCCACGGCGAUGAAAGGCCAUAUGGCUGUGAGCUCUGUGACCACGGGGCCACUAAGUAUCAGGCCCUGGAGGUCCACAUCCGCAAGCAUCCCUUUAUCUACCUCUGCACUGUCUGCCAGCACAAAUUUGUCAGCUCUGUCAGGCUGAGGUCCCACAUCAAGGAAGCCCAUGCCAACCUGGCAGAAACCACAGUGUUCAGCGACUCCAUCAAUCAAAGCUUCUGCCUCCUGGAGCCUGGGGGUGACAUCCAGCCAGACGCCCUAAAGGAGAGAGAGCUGCAGAUGACUGAGGAGCUGUCUCUGCUGAAUGAACAGCAUGCUCUGGUUGCAGAGCUGGGGAACACAGAGGAAGUCACUACAGAGCAGUGUGUGCAUGGAGUAGCUGUAGACAACCUAGAAGGGGAUUUUCCAACACAAGAUGCUGCUUUGACAGACAUGGUGGAAAACCAGCAAUUCCAAGUGCACUCUGCUGAAGAUAGUCAGAGCCACGAGACCACAGUAUUGGACAAAGGUGAUGGCAAAGUGGAGUGCUCUGAAGAUAGUCAGAUCCACAAGACCACAGUAUUGGACAAAGGCGAUGAGAAAGUGGAGUGCCCUGAAGAUAGUCAGAGCCACGAGACCACAGUAUUGGAUAGAGGGUAUGACAAGAAGGAGUGUUCUAAAGAUAGUCAGAGCCACAAAACCACAGUAUUGGACAAAGGUGAUGAUAAAGUGAAGUGUUCUGAAGGUAGUCAGAGCCACAAGACCACAGUAUUGGACAAAGGGGAUGACAAAGUGGAGUGUUCUGAAGGUUUCCAGCAGGAGACGGAUAAGCAACCAUUGCAAGCAGCUGACCAAGAACUGGUUGAAAUCUGUACUACAGUCGAGCAUACCACUGAUGUUAUUCAACAAGAGACGUUAAACCAGAGCUCCGUGCCAAGCCAAGAGAACUUGAUGGACACCCAUCAGCCUAAUGUUGCAACACAGUUAGAGAAAACCUUAUCUAACAAAGAAACGGAGUCUGGUGCAGGCAAUACAGAAACCACUGAAGCCUUAGGAGUGACAAUGGAAAGCAACCUGCCCUCUAGUGGAAAAAACACCUUGACUGCAGACACUCAAGAGGAGAGUACAGCUUUCAAGAAGAUUAUGGACAGCUUGCAAAAGAGACAACUGAACAUGGAUCUCUUUGAGAGGAUCAGGAAAGUUUAUGGUGAUCUGGAGUGUGAAUACUGUGGUAAGCUGUUUUGGUACCAGGUGCACUAUGACAUGCACACUCGCACUCACACCCACGAGCAUCUCUACUACUGCUCCCAGUGCAGCUACUCUUCCAUCACCAAGAACUGCUUGAAACGGCAUGUAAUCCAGAAGCACAGCAACAUCCUGCUCAAGUGUCCCACCAAGGGAUGCGAGUACACCACGCCUGACAAGUACAAACUCCAGGCGCAUCUGAAAAUACACAGCGAGCUGGAUAAAAGGAGUUACGUUUGCCCUGUGUGUGAGAAGUCCUUUCCAGAGGAUCGGCUUAUUAAAUCACAUAUCAAAAACAGCCACCCAGAGGUGUCAAUGAACACAAUCUCAGAAAUCCUUGGGAGGAGAGUGCAGCUGAAAGGGCUGAUUGGAAAGCGUGCCUCCAAGUGUCCUUACUGUGACUGCUAUUUAAUGAGGAAUGGAUCGGACCUGCAGCGGCACAUCUGGGCUCAUGAAGGAGUGAAGCCCUUCAAGUGCUCGCUCUGCGAUUAUGCCACUCGCAGUAAGAGUAAUCUCAAGGCCCACAUGAACCGGCACAGCACUGAGAAACCACACCUGUGCGACAUGUGUGGGAAGAAGUUCAAAUCCAGGAGCUCCUUGAAGAGCCACAAACUGCAGCAUGCAGCUGAUGGCAGGCAGUUUAAAUGCACUGUAUGUGACUUCACUGCCGUACAGAAGCCACAGCUUCUCCGCCACAUGGAGCAGCAUGCCUCAUUUAAGCCUUUCCGUUGUGCACACUGCCACUACUCUUGCAACAUGUCAGGAUCACUGAAGCGCCAUUACAACAAGAAGCACCCAAGCAAGGAAUAUGUGAAUGCAGGGGUGGGGCCUCCUGCUGCAGACAUGCUAAUCCAGCAAGGUGGAGUGAAGUGUCCUGUGUGUAAUUUUGUUUAUGGUACAAAAUGGGAAAUGAACCGGCACCUAAAAAACAAGCACGGCCUGAAGUUGGUGGAGAUCGAAGGAGAUGCCAAACGGGAGCAUGUUGUAGAGAGUUCAGUCGAGGAAUCAUCGACACAGUAUCUGCAUAUAACUGAGACCGAAGAUCUGCAAGGCACAGAGGCUGCUGUAGCUGCUCUCCAGGACCUACGAUAUAACACAGAAAAUGCAGAUCGGUUGGACCCCACUGCAGUGAACAUCCUUCAGCAGAUAAUUGAGCUGGGAACAGAGAGCCAUGGUGCGUCUGUGGUUGCCAUGGCACCCGGCACAGUCACAGUCGUGGAGCGGGAGCAGCAAGGGAACCAUGCCGUGAUGAUUCAGGAAGCCCUGCAGCAGGCCUCAGUGGGCCUGUGUGAAGAGCAUCACCUGGUGGUCUCCUCGGAUGACAUGGAGGGCAUCGAGACCGUCACCGUGUACACGCAGGGCGAAGACGCCUCCGAGUUCAUCGUUUAUGUUCAGGAGGCAGUGCAGGCUGAGGAAGAGCAGACAGUGGGGCCCGUGUGAUUUCAAACAGAGGAUCCACUGUGCUGAUGCGCUGAGUUACUGCUUAUCAUCAGCUGACACCUGGCUACUGCAAUGUAGGCUGUGAAUACAUGUGACUUUAACUAGUACACAGCGUCUCAGAAACAUUUAUGUAGCAAAUAUCUGUGGCCACCCACAGUAUUUAUUUGACAGCCUGUAUUUAUUUGGCUGUAGUGGAUGCUGUCAGGACCCCUGAUUAAAAUGUUUUUAUUAUUUUUAGUCCUAGGUCCCACCGAUAUUAGUCAUGAUAUACAUAAUAUUCACUGAUUUCUUCCAAACCAUCACAUUAACAAACAGUCAGACUUACAUACAGAGCGGUGAGAUAUCAAGACAUCAACGCAAAGUAGCAAAAAAGAAAUAAAAAUAAGCAGGGCCACAUUACACCAAACCAAGGGAGGGGAGUAACAAAACCAAGUCAAUUUAAUGAACCUGAAUUUUAUCUGAGCAUUUUACAUUACCCCUGUGUUAUGCAGGGGGAUUUGGGGGGGGGGGGGGGGGCAGUGUUGUGCAAUGCUGUAAUAAAAUCAUGUUAUAGACGAGUCACAACUUAAACAAAGGUACAGUUACAGAAGGAAACAGCUUUGAAAACCAGCCUGAAUGAGCGAAGAUUUAACAAGAGCAUGUCAGUCUACACCAGCAUUUCACACCACUGCUUUCUAAUUACUACAUUUGAUAGUAUUGUUUUUUUCUUUUGCCACUGUUUUGUCUUUCAAAAUCAUGUUCACGUGUUAUACUUUCAAAACAACUUGUUUGUUUUUUUUUUGUUUGUUUUUUUUUGGUCAAACCUCAACAAUUGUGACACAGGCAGUUAUUGGUUGUGACACAUUGUGUUGCCCUUCACAGUACUGUGCUGUCUGGUGGCUGGUUGCUGUAGUGAAGAGACCUUGGGGCUGUGGUUUAUCUUCUUUUAAACAAUCACAGAUUUUUUUAAUUUGAAAGGAAGAUACUCUGCACCUGUAUCCAAUAAUUGACAAAGAACAUGUAACUGGCAAUAAAAAAAAAAGUAUGUCUUUUA